UAUAGUUGAGUUUAGAUGUAAUUAAGCAUAUUAAUGAGUAUUUGGAUUUGCUUCAGGAAAUGCCAGGAGACAUUUCAAUAAAGAGGGGGAGAAUGUCACAGGGUGACAAUUGCGUAUUUUAAUUAUCAAAUGUUAUAUGCAUUUUAUUCAUUUCAGAUUGUUCAAUACACUUCCAUUCAUUCAUUCACCUGUUUACUAAUUCAUUUAUGCAUUGUCAUCGUAUUCGUGUUGUGUUCUUGUGUACGUGGUGUCACUUGAUUGUUUUGUGAAUAGGGUUUUGCUGAGUUAGGUAUUUGUAGAGCGAGUAUUUUAGUAGAAGUUGCAGAACAAGUUUUUUUAGGGAGUGGUAGUAUUGUGGGCAUGUGUGUGAGCUUGUAUAAAAGGAUGAGCACGGAUUAAUUUAGAGAUUAACAAGACUUUAACACAGUACAUCAGGGUAAGUCUCACACUGAGAUACCCUAUACGGAUGUAUUCCUUACGGGAUAUAAAGAUAUAUAACUGCGUACAACGAGCCAUAGUGACCGUGAUUGCAUUGGUUAAGCGUCAAUUCCGAUAUUUUGAUCACUGGAACUAACAGCCUGCAAUGGAUGCAAUGGAAUGGAGUGUCAUUGAGGAAUUUAAAGAUGUCUUUGAAGGGAAAAUUCUUUUCUCAAAUACUGUUUUGAGGAUGAUAAAAUCUAGCUGCAAUCUCACCACAACGCAAAAAAAGAAAAUUACGAUUAAGAAUUUAGUAAAGAAAACUUUGUUGGGAAUUCUUCGCAAUCAAGAUGGAGGCUUUGAUAUUUUAAUGGAUGCUCUCGCAAAAGAGGAAAAGGCAAACGGGUUUCAUAUUAACAAAAUGAAAACACGUCUUCAAAAGAAGAGAGGGACUCAAAAAAGGCUUAAAAAUACAGAUCAUCACAAUUCCUCAAAUGUAGAAGAAGAUGGGGUCUAUGCCGAGCUUUUGACAACAGUUACAGGUGUUCCUAACAAUACAAAUCCCGAAGUUGAAAGUUUAAAAUCGAUUACUGAUAAACUUAAACAAUUGAGAAAUGACAUGGAUCCACAGAACCUUAAGAGUCAUAUGUCACUAAAGGAAUUGCAUCGUGAAACGAUAAAAGUAAGAGAAAAGGUUCACAAACAUAUGAAAAAACUUAAACGCGAAUCUCAAGAAAAAGACGAAGAAAUUAAGAAACUUUUAGACAAAAUCAAAGAACUAUUUGCCGCUCAACAACACCUCGAAAAUGAAAACAGUCGGCUUCAAAACGAAAAAGAGACACUUCGAUUGAAGAGGAAAGAAGAGUUAUUGAAUAUUGACGCCGAUGUACAUCAACCUAUUGUGCAAACCAUUAUUACUGCGACCAAUAUUAUUGUGAAUUAAAAUAUAACUUUAAUAAUGUUGUACUAAUUAAAAGAUUGAUUUUACACUUGUCCGUGUAGUCAUCCAUUCUUCGGAUUUCAUUGCAGUUGAUUUAAAUAUACCGAAAGACUUCCUGGUUUCUGAUUACAUUGUUCUUUGAAUUUGUUCUCAUUCAUGAUUAUCAUUAUGUAUACAUUUAAAUACCCGUUAGUAUGUAUGUAAAUAGAUUUACAUUUACCAAAUGUUUUGCGUGUAUUUUUGUUCAUGAAGGCGGUAUAAAAUCAUACAUACAUU